AUGAACAAUGUCAGUGUAGAGAAACAGAAACAACAGGCUGUGGAAAGAGGCAAUGAAAUCAAACAGCAAUGUAAGUAAACUCUUUAAUGCUUAACAUUUAAUGCAAUUUGGCAUAAUGAUAAAUGUCUCAGUAAUCACUAUUCAGGCGUAAAAUAUUGCAUGCAGGAGAUUUUCUAAUUCUAAUCAUGUUAUAUGCAAGGGUGUACCACAUCACAGCAGAUGUGCAAAUGUUCCUGUGUUUAUGUUGAAAUAUAAUCAAGGUGUGAGUGUUAAGCAAGUAAAAUUAAUAAUAAAAAAAAUAAUAAUAAAGUUCUGGGGUCAGCAGUUUUAAAGAUGGCACAUGACAGCCAUUUUGAAAGCCUCCACUGACUGCUUUUUCUUUUUGGUAAAGAGUUCCAGUCUCUGAUUUUACGUGCAAUAAAACUGUGUAAGUAUUUGGUUGCUUGGAACUGACUUGAAUGAAUUUCUUAGGAUGGAAUUGCCUAGUGCUCUGUCGCCUUUUAAAUUGAGUGAUGCCACUUUCCUUCUUUUCUCGAGUUUCUCAGAAUUUUGUUGACAGUUCCAGGAGUGGUGCUAUAUUCGUUCUUAGCAAAACAUGCUGCUCGUCUCUGCUUACUCGCAAUGUCCUUCAUCUGUUUUUAAAUGUGUGGGUCCCAUGGGCAACAUCCACAUUCAAUCAGAGGUUAUGCUAAAGGAAGAUAUGCUUUCCCAACAUUUUCUGGUUAAAUCUUAUUCAGAUUUGCUAAGCAUGAAAGAAGUAAACAACAAAAGUAACAUAUUUUCUCUUGUAACUGAAACGUGUAUAUUAAGUGAGAUUGUUUAUCUUGUCACUUGAUAAUGAUGCAACGUGAAACUUUGAAAUGGUGUGUACAUACAGCUGUAUGUGUGUAAUGAAAUAAUCAUUAAUUUGUGGCUCUUAUGUACUACCAUUAGGUGAAGCUGUAUGCAGGGUUUUUGAAGCAGCAACGAAGCAGAAAGCAUGGGAUCAUUUCACAAAGGCACAAAGGAAGAACAUCACCCAUUGGCAUGGUGCCAUAAAAAAUGUAAGUGUACUCAGUACUUUACUGUUAUAAAGUUUAUUUUGCUGAAUCUUCCCAGGCUGCUCCAGUAAAGUUUGAUCAGAAGGCAAAAAAGUUGUUACAGUGGAACCUUGAUAUAACAAACCUUUGUAUAUGGAAGUCCUAAGUAUAACAAACGAUUUUCUUUACCCCAGUAAUAGUAAAGCAUGUGGAAGAGUACCUUGAUAUAACGAAACCUUUUGAUAGCGAAUAAAUUUUGCCAGUCCCUUGGCACUUUGUUAUAUUCAGGUUCCACUUUAUUAAGUAGGCAGCAAAAGAUUAGAUCAUAAUCCAUGCUUGUACGUAUAUGUGGGGGGAGGGCUGCCCCAUCUUGCGUGAGGGAGUCCGGGCACCUCUCCUGGAGUAUUGUUAAUUUUGGCCGCCCUGAAAAGUACAUAUUAGUGGAUUUUUAGUACGUGGCCAAGGAUAUAAUUUUGCCAUCAGAAUGGCACCUUUGUUUCAUAUAAUCCCCAUAUUCUCUAUAUUUUAUAUCAUAUUAUGUUUUUUUAAUCAAACAUAAGCGUUAAGACAAAUACCGGUACAUCAGAUUCAUUACCUCUCUUUAAAUUAAUUUUCUGUGAGUAGCCAGCUCUUCUGUGAAAUGUAGAUGGGAAUUGAUUGGCUUUCUCGCACCAUUUCUGGAGAACUUUCUUAAAGGUGAAAUUAUUUACCCUUACAAAAUGUAAGUGCAAGAUUAUGAUUUUCUGCUUACAGACCAUCUGCCUUGUUAUCAGUUGCAGCCAUCAACCUUCAUUGCCUUUACUGUUAUUUAAACCACUCAGAACAGGCCACUUCUAAAAAAACAGCAGCAACAGCAAAUCUUUAAUUUCCUUUAAAAGUUAUCCAGCUUUUACACAAUGACAAUGUUACAUCAAUAGCAUGCCCAUUUAGCACUCGCAUAGAACAAUACAGUGAAACCCCGCCUUACGGCCACCUUGGUAAUACAGUCACCUUGUUAUUCAGCCACUUUUUUGGACUCCCGGCUAAAUGGCCAUACAUUUUCUUGUAAAAGAAAUCCUUGUUAAUACGGCCAAAUUUUUCUGUCCCCUUGUUGACCGUACUAACAGAGUUCCACUGUAGAAUACAAAUUUAAGGGUUGAACCUAAUUACAGACUGUUUAAAUACUUGCAAUCAUUGUAGUUAAAGGCAUUUGUUUGUUGUAUCAAAUGUUGAUAGCAAGUGUUAACAUAUUAUGUAUUGUUAGUUGCUUGAGAUAAUAUUCAUUCAGAUGAAGACUUGAAAUGGUUGUUACUCCACAAGUAUCUUGUUGAGUUUCUUUUUUCCGAAAUUCCCUAAGUGGACAAAAGGAAACGCAGACCAUACCAAAAGCUAAGUUGUAGGCUUUUCAUCAAAAAGCUAAUUAAUAUUCUUAUAGCUGUCAUACAACUCUUGGCCAAUCUCGUACAUCUUCAGGUCUUUCUGACUUUCCUUGUUAGGUAGGUUAAAGGUGCUAGAAAUUCUAUGAUGCAUUCUUCAACCGAGACUCCUCCUUCUGUAGGUUUAAAGCUGUAGUUCUAUUGAUCGCUUACCCAAGAACAUGAACAUUACCAAUAUUUAGUUGUUGUUAAAAGAUAAGAAUCAUAACAUCAGGGAGGUAAGGGUGGUGCAUUGCUGGAAGCACUCACCACUCACCAGUGUGGCGUGGGCUCAAAUCUCAGAGUCAACUCCACGUGGGAUGUGUUAUGUACUGUUUCUUGCUCCAUGAGGCUGCUGGUUUCCCUCUCUUCUCAUUAAUCAACAUUUUCAGAUUCCCUAUCAUUUGGGAACAAGGAUGGCACAGUGCUGAGAGUGCUCACUUCCCACCAAUGUGACCCGGAUUCAAAUCCCGAUGUUGACGCCAUAUGUGGGCUGAGUUUGUUGUUGGUUUUCUUCCUUGCUCCGAAAAGUUUUUCUCUGGGAACUCUGGUUUUACCCUCUUCUCAAAAAACAACACUUCCAAAUUCCAGUUCGACCAGGAAUCAGGUAGACGAAGAACCACUUUGUGGAUGUCCUUCCUCCAAAUCAUUAUUUAUUUAUUUACUUAUUUAUUUAUUUAUCAGUCUAGGAUACAUUAGGCAAAGAAAAACAUUAGGUUAUUGAUUCGUCAUUUUAUUAAAUACGUUGCCAGUUUUUAGUUUUUCAUUGACAAGUGGUACAAAUGUAAACAUAUUUCUCCCCGCCUCUCUUUGAUAAGUAUUAGUUACAUCUGUACGUGUAUGGGUGAUACGUUUGACUCUCUCCUUUGGUUUGUUAUUUGAAAGUUGCCAUGGUUAAGACUUGCUGGAUUGUUACUUAAAACAAAGUACAUGCGCCCAGCAUUACACAGCUGUUACCUAACUGGAGUCUGAUAGUCUGUGCAGAACACAAGAAACAGCCUUUAGUGCCAAAUGAUUUCCUUGAGAAACUGAUGUUUCUCAGUUAUUUAGACUUUUAAGGCCUGUUGAAGGUUUGAUUGUUAUCACCACACACCCAAAUUUUGGCAGUAACGUAGCAUGCUUCACUCAAAUGCCAUUUAUUUUUCCAGUGUGACAAGUGUUCAUGGGGUGUAUUUACUUCCCACAGAAAAAAAAGUUACAUCCUUCGGUGAUUUUGUUACCUCCACGUCCUGCGUCCCUGACGCAUAAAAAUCCCCAAAGACACAAAAUAAUUUGUGGUAUUCAUCCCAUAGGACGCAGAGAGAUUAAUCUAAAGACGUUUUUCUAGAAUAUCCUGUUUUUGUGAUUUCUGUGCCUGUGCUGUUCUUGUGGCUGUUGUGAAACGACUCAUUUCUUUUAGUCUUUGUUGUGCUUUACAAUAGAAGGAGUAUACUACUGUAAUUUGGAGUUUUGGAGUCUGUCUUCAGAUUAACUAUGUGGUUACAAAAGACCCUGGGACUCAUUUUUUUUUUCAACUGGGGCUCAUUGGUUCUGGACUGGAACUCAUGAUUUUUCACAAGAUGAGUCCUGGGACUCACCAUAACUAUUAUUUUGUAACAGAAUCACUGAUCCUUUCCAGUCUAACCCAAUCUCUUCAAAACCAUUCGAGUGCAAAAAAGUAGCACAUCACUGUUUACGUGGUCAUUCUGUAGACUAUGACCAUCCAAUUACUGCUGUGGCUACAAUCCCUCACUCCUUGAGUGAAUUGGAAGACUGUGAAGGUAAGUCAAUAGCAGUUCUCACUGUUAUCAUUGUGUGCCGUCCCCAGGAGAUCAAAUCAGCCAAAGAGGCUGAGAUCGAGAACCGUGUCGAGGUAGGUAUGGAUCUGGAUGAUGAAGUGCCAACGCUUGGCGGGCUUAUCGAGAAACCUGCAUUGCAGACAUCAGAAGAGGGAGAAAACCAACAGGAUCAAGAGGAAGAUCAAACAAGCCUAUCGACGACAAAAGCUAAGAAGCGGCGAGUGGAAGCUUCAGGUACUGUGUCAUUACACCACGGGCAACUAUAAUUACAAAUUUACUCCUAAGGGUGGGUGUGUUAAUUAUGCACAGUGCAAAGCCUUUGAUUGGUAACGGGAUGGAAUUCGAUGAGCUGCCAUUAAGAAGCUGCUAACAAUAUGUCUGGUCUCUCUUUGACCAAGAGGACUGUUCCUGAUACACAGUAUUACUUGUUUGAAGCUGGUUGUAAGAGAUUCAACUCUGUUGAUCUUUCUGUUGAACCAGGUAAGUUUUUCCAGCUUCUUCCCCUCAAGGGUUACAUGAAAGUACAAUAUGAAGCUACUCUUGUGAGCUAAGUUUUUUGAUCAGCUGGAAGCUUAAUACUGAUGCUCACUCAAGCAAAAUUGGUCUGAUCAUGCCGGUAGUCGGAGUUAAGGACAAUUUAAACAAAUGUUAUAGCUCAAUGUUGUAGUUCUUGUCACUAAGUACAGGUUCUAUGAGAACGUGACCAGAGCUCUUUUUUUUCUGUAGCUUCCGUCGGAAUCUUCACUAGACACAUGUGAUGAGCGCAGAGCAAAAUUUAUUUCAGUAAUUGAUUAAUCAGGUUUUCAAAA